AUGUCUGGUGAGGUCAGAUGGCUCCAAGCUCUUAGCCAAAAAAGGGUGUCAAUUAUUGACCAAUUCUUACGUUUAAUUACGCAGUUUUUCCUGCUAGUAGUUCCAGGAGUCAACACUAAUUCAUCACUUUCCUCAAUGAUGCUCCAAGCUGAACUGCCUCCAAGAGGGCAGACCCAGCAUGCAAGUCACCUGCAUGAGGGCCUGGUUGUUUCGGUUGAUGAUGCGAGGCCGGUUCACAGGAGCGAAUUUGGUAUUGGGUCCUUAUCUCGAGUUAAAGUGACCACUUUUAAGAUCGGCCACAAACUUGUGGGCUCAGAGACCCUCCUGUUGCGGGCGAUAGCCACGAUAGCCUUGUGUUAUUUUAAAUCAAAGUACGUCUCGGAUGAGAGGAAGCAAUUUGGAAGAACUUGUAACGACUUUCCCCUUGAACACCCCCUCAAUUCCCGGUCUCUCUGUGAUGCCCUUGAGGAUUCUUGGGUCACUGUAUUUGGCUUCCCAGCUGCUGCUGCUUCAUAUAUCUUGACACAGUUCACACAGUUAGGAACCAUCGUAGAGCAUCGUAACCCAGGAACGGGUAACUGGAUGCAUCUAAAGUACCAGACUAAAUUACAAGCCAGAAAAGCCUUGAGCAAGAAUGGGAAAGUAUUCAGUGGCAACAUCAUGGUUGGGGUUGUACCAUGUAGUGAUAAGGCAAUUACUGGAGAUAAAGAAAAUAUGUCUGCAAACCUAAGUAAUGUUAUAUCACCAGACUCCAGCAUGCUUGGAACACCAAAAUCUAAUAUGCGACCAUUGACACAGGCUUAUCAGACAGCUCAUGCAGAACAUGAGGUUGUUCCAAAGGUCAACACGCCAAAGAAGAAUGACAGCAUAGUUUCUAAAGCCAUGCAGCACAUAUUUGGGUUAUAAUGAAAUUGAAGAUAGUUGCUUUUACUUGGAGAACUUUUAAUUGCAUUAAACGGUCCAGUUAUUUUGCAGUCAGAGACUCUUUUAAAUAAAAUUUAAAAAUCUGUUAUAUGUGUAUGUGUGUGUAGUUCAAUAUCCAUUCUUCUUUUGUUAACUUAUUGCAUUUUUGAUAUGACAUAUGUAACUGCUAUGGAUUAUAUGAAAGGACAGCAGUUUAUUUUUUGUUUUUUUAUGUAUAUAUUUUACCUUCAACAUUUUCAAAAUAAAAAUUUUCAAACUCAUGAGUAAACAAACAAUAAAACUGUUUUAAUAA